CGGAUUUUCCCCCGUGGUGCUAGCUUUGGAAAAUUCCUCUCCCAGUGUAAGAAUUACAUGUGGCUUCAAACUGGUUGCAUGAAAAGCUUUAUUUUUUUUUGUGGAGGGGAAGGAGUGCUUUCUACAGAUGUUAAAAGAAAAGCCACUGUUCUCUGAGAGUGCCGCAAUAAAGCCAGGCCCCUUCAAUUCUCGGCUCUGCAAUGUCUUUCAGUUUCCAUUCGGCCUGUCAGGCCACCAGCUUUGUGUUACUUCCUUCAGCAGGGGUGCAGCAUGGUCAGGCUACUGUGUCAAGCUAAUGCUUGCUUCUAUCCAUACAAUAGCAGCCGAGCACCUCAUAAGCUGUAGAUUUUAUCUUCUUGGCACCCUGUGAGGCGGAAUGUCCCGUUCCCAUUUUACAGAUGGGGCCACUGAGGCACAGGGGAGCAAUAUGGCCUAGUGGAUAGAGUGCUGGACUGGGAGGCAGGAAAUCUGCUUUCUAGGCCAUGUUUUGCCACUAGCCUGCUGGGUGAGCUUGGUUAAGUCACUGUCUCCCCAUUUUUCCAUGUGCAAAAUGGGAGUAAUGAGACUGACCUGAGUAAAGUGCUUUGAAAUCUUUGGAUGGAAAGUGCUUGACAUGAUCUAGGGAUUGGUAUUAUAAGCAGAUCCAGAAGCUGAAGUAAGACAAAUUCAGGCUAGAAAUAAGAUUUUUUUAAUAAAAAGAUUAUCUGUGGUUAACCAUUGGUGUCUUUUGGGACAUGGUGGAUUUUCCAUCUCAUGGAGUGUUUGAAUCGCGACACGAGUUAUUUAAAAGCUAUGAGUAGGAAUCCCUUGGUGAGGUUCUUUGACCUGUGCUGUCCAGGAAGUCAGGCUAGAUCUUCUGGCCUGAAAAAUGCAGGAAUCAAGCAAUGUGGGUGUCAGUCCAUGAAUUCAGUGUAUGCAGGGGGGCUAUGGCUGCCCAUCACCAUAGUAGCUGGGCACCAUCCAGGUAAAAAUGAACAGUGAAGCCCAGACUGGCUUUUCCUGGACUCUCUGCUGCUCCUUUUCCCCUCAAUGCCUGAAGGGUGAUUAGAAUAACAAUUUUACCCCAUCACAGGAACAGGGUGGGGGGUUCCUUUGCUCCUGGUGUCCCUGUCCUUCACAGCUCUGCAGUGUGAGCCUGGCGUUGCAUUCCUGGAAUUUAAAUCCAGAUGGGACCUGGGAGCAUUUUCUAGUCUGACCCAGACCUGAGCCUCACCAGGUUGCCCCAUGACUUGUGUCUGACUAACGCGUCUCGUGAUUGGUUCCGGGGUGGGGUGGGGGGCAGCCGGCUCCCCUGUUCCCUCCCACAGCCUGGAGCAGGGCCAAGGCACCGGAUCAGCUGGUCCCAGCGCCGUGCUGGGAGGAGACAGUUUGACUCACGCCCUGCGCUGCUGACAAGCUGGAGGCCGGAGCUGGAGCCCGGCCGCGUUCGCUCCCCUUGGCCUCAUGACGCAUCCUGGGAGCAGAGCGCUGGGCCCGGGACCCGCUGCCGCGCGCCCCGGAGGAGAGGCAGGGGAAAGUGUCUGGGGCUCAUGGAGCCGAUAGAAAGACAGAUUCUCCCCAGGCCCCUGUGCACACUGGGACAGAGCGAGCGUGAAGCGCUGCCUGGAGUGUGUGUGACACCGGCACCCUUGGAUGCUUCUGCAGUGAGCUGUGGCUCUGCGCAGUCUGCCUUGGAGACCCUAAGGCCUGCAGACGAUGAGAUGAAAAGAAGCCCGAAAACAGAGGCCCGCGGCACCUUGAAAACAUUCCCUGCCAUUGCGGAGCUAGAACUGGGGGACUUGAUUGAGAUCUUCCGCUUUGGAUACCAGCACUGGGUCAUCUAUGUGGGGGACGGCUACGUUGUUCACCUGGCACCCCCCAGUGAGAUACCCGGGGCGGGCUUUGCCAGCCUGAUGUCCACACUGACCAACAAGGCCAUGGUGAAGAAGGAGCGUCUCCUGGAUGUGGUGGGGAGGCACCGCUAUCGGGUCAACAACAAGCAUGACAGGAAAUUCCCCCCGCUGCCGGCGGGGAAGAUUGUGCAGGCCGCCGAGCAGCUGGUGGGCCAGGAGAUGCUUUACAGAGUCACCAGUGAGAACUGCGAGCACUUCGUCACAGAGCUGAGAUAUGGCGUGGCCAAGAGUGACCAGGUGCGGGAUGUCCUGGUGGGGGUGAGCGUCGCUGGGCUGGGGCUGGCUGCUCUGGGCCUCCUUGGGGUUGCAGUCCAAAGGAGAAGACGCCAGAACCAGUAACGGACUUGAGUGGAUCAGACGGGUUUGGGGGUUUUUUGGUGUUUUUUUUGAUCCAAGCAGAAGAGACUUUGCAGCCGUUUUGGGGGGUGGGGUGGAAGCUUCAUAUGUGUUGCUCUGUCCUCUUUGGGGUGAACACUCUCCCCACCCCCUUGCCGGCACCAGCACAAGAAUAAAACCAGGAGAUUGGUACAAAGUCA